CGUCGUUCUGUCUGCUCGUACCCGGGCUCGAAAUUGGACCCUCCGCUCGAACUCAAUGGCACAAUUGAAGGCGAUGAGACUGCAGCUUGGGAUGUGAUUCAACAGGACUAGAAAUUGGCGCGGCAGGAUGGGCGAGAAAAAAAUGCUGGAAAUUCCUCUCCUUUUUUUAUUCUUCGAAGGCGGCAUAGCAGCAGAAAAACGCCACCAAAAAGCCAGGCUCAAACGAGCGGAAAAACAACCCUUGUUAGUGCUCGACUUGGGGGGAAACGCGAUACGGAUAUGUAUUAAGAUGAGGAAAAAUGGAAGCAGUUCAGUCGCUGGAACGAGAAACGGUCGCGUCGUUUAGCAGAACUCGCAAACAACUUAAGACAUCGUCGGAACCAUCAAAUGCGAAAAGAUGCAGGAAAUCUGCGAAGGGUGUGGCCAAAAAAUCAAAGACCGCUACUUUAUGAAGAUUUCCCCCGACCAGUACUGGCACGAGCAGUGUCUGCUCUGCUGCAUCUGCAACAUCCAGCUCAACCAUUCCUGCUUUACCAAGAACACGAAAGUCUACUGCAAAGACGAUUACUACCGAAUAUACGGCCUUUCUCAACUGCAACAGAAACAGCAGAACCAACAGCACCAGCCAAAAGUAUCCCGCGAAUGUUACGGCUGCGGAGAACGCAUUGCGCCCAACGAGAUGGUUAUGCGCGCGAAAAACCACGUGUUCCACCUGAACUGUUUCCUGUGCUACACGUGCAAUAGGCCUCUGCAGAAGGGCGAACCGUUUUCGCUCAAGUCCGGCAAGCUGAUCUGCCAGCAUGAUCUCGAAAAGGACAUGUACAGCAGUUUGCAUCCGAUUCACUCGCACCACCUGUACGGUGAUGAUGACUACCUGAUGGAGGACGGAUUGCGGUCGCGAGAUGGUCGCAGAGGUCCCAAAAGGCCACGCACCAUACUAACGUCGGCCCAGCGGCGCCAGUUCAAAGCUUCGUUCGACGUGUCACCCAAACCAUGCCGGAAAGUGCGGGAAGCACUGGCAAAAGAUACCGGUCUUUCGGUGCGGGUCGUCCAGGUUUGGUUUCAAAAUCAACGCGCCAAAAUGAAGAAAAUCUCCCGAAAGAGCAAAUCUAACCACAACAGCAGCGCUGAUGCGGACAAGAACCACUCGGAUAAGGAUGAGAAGUCAAUCAAGCUGGAAUCGCCUAGCAGUGACCACGGUCACUACCUGAGCGUCGAAGGGUCGUACGGAUCGUCGGGACAACCGCUGAACCCCAAUCUGCCCUACUCUCCUGAUUUCGCCGAAAACUCCGACGCAAGCAUGUGCAGCAGCGACAUCUCGCUGGACGAAAGCUUCGACAAUUUGGACGAAGCCACCUCGGACACCAUGUCGCUGCAGAACCUGGACCUGCAGACCACCCUCAACAACAGCAGCAAUAGCAACGCCAGUGCCAACAACAACAGCUUAGUAAAUCACAACAACAACAACAUCAACGGACUGCUGUCCGGAACUAGCAUAACCCACAUCGAUAAGCUGUAUCUGAUGCAAAACUCGUACUUUAAUGCGUCGAUGAUCGAGCAGUGAUCGAACCAGGAUGGCGUACGAUCCAAUCCGGCUGGGUCACGGAGAUUUACGCCCUUCAGCUAGUUGCAAC